ACUCUGGUCAGAAUGGCUUUUUGAAAAUACUCAUUUCCACUGUCCAGUGACAAUUUUCCUCCUUGUUUUUUUGUUGUUGUUGUUGUCCGGCCUGUGGUACGCGCUCCAACAUUCCGCCUUUAGUAUUAUCCUUUUUAGGUGCUCGUCUAGACAACGCGAGGGUGGUUAGAGCAAUUCCUAGUUGGAAACAGGUGAACACCCUGAGUCCUUUGGCGCAUCGUAGAACCUGUCGGAAAAUAUUUCCACUCUACUAGAAAUAGAAAACCCUAUUGAACAGUGUACGUUUGGCUGCCAGGAUGUCGGCAAUGGUAGCAGAUACGUUGCUGGUGGUGCUGGUGUCUAUGUUCACCACGCUAGGAGCGGAGGCUAUAAUGUACAUGACGGUGUACCGCACGGAUGCAUACAAACGUCUCAAGGUCUCACUGGACAAGCACAGUAAACAACUGGAGCGCAAGAAAGAUGCAGCAGGAGAGCAUGUACGCGGUGGUCAGAAAAAGAAGAUCGACAGCUUGGAAGAGAGGUUGAAGAACGUGAAUCGUGAAAUGUCCACCAUCAAGAUGUACUCCAUGAUUGCCAUCAGCUUCACGUUCAUGGCUCUGAUGGGAAUGUUCAAUACCGUCUUUGAUGGUCGUGUUGUUGCAAAGCUUCCCUUUGUGCCAAUCUCCUGGUUUCACGGCCUGUCGCAUCGUAACCUGAUGGGCGAGGACUUCACCGACUGCUCGUUUAUUUUCCUCUACAUUAUCUGCACCAUGAGCAUACGACAGAAUUUACAAAAGCUGCUCGGAGUCGCGCCGUCUCGUGCGGCAAACAAGCUGGGAGGCAGCAUGUUUUCUCCACCGCCAUCCAAGUAGAUUCCCUUCUCUGUCUCUUUCUCUCUCUCUCUCUCUCUCUCUCUCUCUCUCUCUCUCUCUCUCUCUCUUGCUCUUUGUCUGUCUGUCUGUCUCUCUCUCUCUCUCUCUCUCUCUCUCUCUCUCUCUCUCUCUCUCUCUCUCUCUCUCUCUCUCUCUCUCUCUCUCUCUCUCUCUCUCUCUCUCUCUCUCUCUCCACCACCAUGCAGUGUUUGCAGAUGCCGGGCAAGCCCAGUGUUGUACGCUGGCUAAUGUGUCGGCAUGUUGUCUGCCUCGACUUGCACGGGAUGACACUCUGCGUCUCCUCGCUCUAACGCAUCUCAUUGAAUAGUUCAGUUAACCUAUUCUCAGGCAAAGGUACCAUGGUUUGCAGUUUGUAUGGCUGUGCACACCUCAUUGUCAAAUUGCUGCUCUGUCCUUCUGCUACAUAGCAGAGGCCACAUUGGCAUCAAACCAAUCUAGGGCAAUAGUGUAUAAGUACUUGCUACAAUGGCCGAUUGUUACUGCUGGUCAUCGCGGACGGGUAUUGGUAUGCCUGCUUCUCUGACAUGAACAUUUCAGAUCUGUCUUGUUUGUUUUUAGAUUAAUUUUAUUUAUGAAAGCGCAUUGCUGCACGUUGUAUUGCAGAACUGGUCGCUGGUUUUCGCAACGUUGCGUAACCCCAGA